AUGGCAGCCCUGUUGGACAGAGAUGGGAGAGGGUUCCACAUCCUCACUCCUGUGCUGGAAAGCACGGCCCUGUCCAAGGCUGCAGGCACCAGGGUCUACAUGAAACUGGAGAAUGUCCAACCUACCGGCUCGUUCAAGAUUCGGGGGAUUGGCUACUUCUGUCAGGAGGCUGCCAAGAAAGGCUGCAAACAUUUUGUUUGUUCGACAGGGGGGAAUGCUGGCUUCGCCACGGCCUACGCUGCCAGGAAGCUGGGGAUCCCUGCCACCAUCAUAGUGCCAACGAGCACCCCCCAGGCCACAGUGCAGAAGUUGGAAGAGCAGGGGACGGAGGUGGAGGUCUUUGGGAAGGUCUGGGACGAUGCCCACGUCCAAGCCCUGGCGUUAGCGGAGACCGAAGGCUGGGUCAGCGUCCAUCCCUUCGACCAUCCUUUGAUCUGGCAAGGCCAUGCCAGCAUGGUCAGGGAGCUGAAGGAUUUGCUAGGCCACAAGCCGGGAGCCAUCGUCCUGGCGGUGGGCGGUGGAGGGCUGCUGGCUGGAGUGGUGGCCGGCCUGCAGGACGUGGGCUGGCAGGAUGUACCCAUCGUUGCUGUGGAAACCAAAGGAGCUGACAGCUUCAGUGCAGCGCUCAGGGCUGGGAGAUUGGUCACCCUGCCGGAGAUAACCAGCGUGGCCAAAUGCUUAGGAGCCAAGACGGUGUCUGCCCGGGCACUGGAAUGUGCCAGCGAAUGCCAGAUCAUCUCUCAACUGGUGGAGGAUGUGGAAGCAGUUCAAGCCGUAGAGCUGUUCCUGGAUGAUGAGCGGAUGCUGGUCCAGCCUGCCUGUGGAGCCCCUCUGGCCUUACUCUACACAGGUCGUGUUCAACAGCUGCAGCGAGAAGGGCACUUGAACCCAGACCUGGACUCCAUUGUCAUCAUCGUGUGCGGAGGAAGCAGCAUCCAAAUGACUGGGCUCCAGGCUCUGAAAACCCAGCUGGGCAUGAAAUGA